AUGACAGCUUACAUGUUGCAUGAGUUCAACAAGCCAGGUAUAAAAUUUCCAUUUUCGUCUAUUUGUUACCGCGAUUAUGAGAAAGCUCGUAUUGAGAAACAAGAAGCAUCUAUCUCUGUGGAAAAGCUUGAAGAGGAUAAAAGGAGAGUUAGAGAAUGUUUUUACCUGUCUUGUGAUAUUGUUUUGAUUAAAAGUUUUAAGGAGAUUGAGGGUAAGUAUAGUGAUUAUAUCACUAAUUUAACUGGAAAAAAAGUUGUACCUCUUGGUCCUUUAGUUCAAGAACCUACACUUGAAGAUAGUGAAUCAGAGUUAAUAACAUGGUUGAAUGAAAAAGAGAAGAAAUCCACAAUUUUUGUAUCUUUUGGGAGUGAAUAUUUUUUGUCAAAGGAAGAUUUGGUAGAGAUUGCUUAUGGGUUAGAAACUAGUAAGGUGAAUUUUAUAUGGCCAAUAAGGUUCCAAAAGGGGGAAAAUCUUGAACUUGAAGAGGCAUUGCCUAAAGGUUUUUUCAAUAGGGUAGGGAAUAGGGGAAAAGUUUUUAAUGGAUGGGCCCCACAAGCAAAAUUUUUGGAGCAUUCGAGUAUUGGUGGAUUCGUGAGUCAUUGUGGAUGGAGUUCUGUAAUGGAAAGUAUGAAAUAUGGAGUCCCGAUUAUCGCGAUGCCUAUGCAUAUUGAUCAACCAAUUAAUUCUAGGCUUGUUGAAGAUGUUGGCAUUGCUGUGGAAGUUGUGAGGGAUAGUGAUGGAAAGCUUCAUAGAGAGGAAGUUGCAGCCAUAAUCAACCAAGUUGUGCUUGAUAAGGAUGGUGAAUUUGUAAGGCAAAAGGCAAAGGACAUGAAGGAAAAGCUUUGUAUCAAAGGAGAUGAAGAAAUUGAACAAGUUGCCAAGGAGUUGAAAAAGCUAUGUGCUAAAUUCUAG